AUGAGCCAGUCGCCUUAUCGUGCGUCAGACCACUCGCUGUCCCCGGUAGCCACAGUUCUCGCCUACCUACCAACAUCUGUCUCACGGCCGCACGAGACCAGUUCAGCGCCGAGCCCACCGCUUGACGACGUCGACACCGAGUCGCCUCUCCGCAAUGUGGCCUUGGCGGAGCGGUACGACCACUCAAUCUAUGCUGGCGGCAGUGACCACAGGGAAUACCGAGAUACUGGGUCAUUCAUUGCCCGAGGCCCGGCCCCGCCAUCUCCGUCGCCAUAUCCCCUAGACGUGCCAAAUCAACACCGCCGGGGAAACAAUGAGCGUGAAGGGGACCUGAUGGGACAUGUCCCACGUAGGGAACAUGCGGAUCGUCUGACUAUGCCGACUGGUCUAUGGGAUACUAACAACCACGUCCCAGCGCGUACAAUGGCGGUGGUGUAUGCCGUGCUCUGCCUAGGGGCGUACUUCGGUGGCGAGCGGCGUGACCUCGCGACCGAACUUUACCAUGUCCGUGCGGCUACUGCCCUAGAUGCAUGGCGAAUGAGCACUGACAAACUGCAGGCGGCUGUGGAAUGCCUCACAGUUUCAGACUACACCUCACACCACUCGCUCGAGGCCAUCCAAACCAUCAUCUGCAUCAACAUUUACCUCAACUGCCACGACGGUAGCGCCAAGGCCAGCAUGCACCUUGCUGUCGCCAUCAAGAUGGCCAUCGAGCUGGGUAUGUCUCGCGUCCCAUCCGAGGACCAGCUGGUUGGCGCAAUGGCGCUGCGAGGUGUUGUAGAGCGCGAGACGCAGCGACGAGUCUGGUGGUCUCUUGUCGGCCAGGACGCAUACACCUCCUCCGCGAGCGGGUUUACAUACAGCAUCAACCUCGCCCACGCAAGCACAGGCUUACCUUCCAACGUCGACGAUGAGGACAUUGUGGAUGGCCAACCUCUGCGACCGCAAUCGAUGGACCAACCUACACGCACAACUUACCACAUUGCUAAGAUUCAGUUUAUUCACGGCGUGCGCAACUUUGUCGACGCUGUCAACUGCUCGUUUCCCAACUCGUCCUACGAAACGAUUCUCGAACUCGACAAGGCGUUGCGAGCGACGUAUGAGGGCAUCCCCGCACCGCUCAGACAAGACCUCCCACAACCGCUCACGUUGCGGCAGGCGACCACAGGAUACCUGGCCCAGCAGCGUCUUUUUGUGGGCAUCACACUGCACAACCGUCUCAUGCGCUUGCACCGCGCGUACAUGGUCAAUGGGUAUACGGACGAGCUGUAUGCGUACAGCACGCAGGUGUGCGUGGAGAGUGCGUACGCCUUACUUGAUCUGGUGGCGCUCAGCCGGCGUGAGCUCUUGCUCUGGUGGGUCGUGCUUGUGCACGUCUGGACGGCCGCCUUGGUGCUUGCCGCAGACAUGUUCCGUGCCACGGAAAACACGGACCGGCAGCGUAUGGGCAUUGACUUGGCGAUAUCGUUGUUGAACACUGCCACGGAGAGAAGUCCCGUUGCCCGGCGAGGUGUUCAAUUGUUACGCCGCUUGGUCGCACGGCGACAUGGUGCGACAGCAGUCGAAAGUGGGCAACAUGAUCGUCAGGACGCAGACCAUGUCUCGCUAGGGGACGACUUGGAUCCUGCCCCAACCCCGACACUCACUGCUCUGCCCGGGCCCGACACGAUUCAGCCUCUCCUUGACAACGAGGCUCUGUGGCAGGAUUUUUUGGAGGGAAAUAUGGACACGCUGCAGCACGUCGACUGGGCGGCUCUCCUUAGCGGGACGGGGGCGUCUUAA